CGGUUGGAAGACCAACAUAUUUGUUGCUUCCCACGUGCGCGCUUUGACGCCGAUUGCUAAACAUAAUAAUAAUAAGUUAAGAAAUAUGCAUCGUUUUCAGGCAACAAAUGUGCGGCGGUUUCAACAAAAGGCCGAUGUUGUCACACCCGACACUAUCUACUGGGAUCGCUUGGCGAAACCAGAAUUGCUCAAGGAGCACUCGACAAUUGACUAUGUGGACUUCAGUCCGAGUGAUCCGGACAACUUUGUGCUGACAUGCUCGGUACGCGUGCAAAUCUACAACCUGGUGACAAAACUCGUGGUGAAGAAUUUGUCACGCUUCCAAAAGACCGCCUAUGGAGCAUCGUUCCGGCAGGAUGGUCGACUGUUGGCUGCCGGCGACGAGGAGGGACACGUGAAGCUCUUCGAUACGACAAGCCGGAAUAUUCUACGGCUGUUCAAGGGUCAUACGGCACCCGUACAUCGGACAUUCUUUACCGCCGACAAAUUGCAGUUGGCCAGUUUUGCGGAUGACAAGUCGGUGCGCCUGUGGGAUGUGGCCAACGAGAAGGUGGUGCAGACAUAUGAGGAUGCCCACAGCGAUUAUAUACGUGCCGGUGCAAUGCAUCCACAGGCGAGUCAUAUGUUCGUCUCCGGCGGAUAUGAUGGCAAAAUCAAUUUGUAUGAUACACGCAUCGAGAAUGCAAUAACAAACACUCUGGACCAUGGCAGUCCCGUGGAAUCGAUGCUGUUCCUGCCAAACGGUUCGAUCUUCAUCACCGCCGGCGGCACUCAGGUGCGUGUAUGGGAUCUGAUGAGUGGAUGCCGCCUGCUCACCACAAUGUCACAGCACCACAAGACCGUGACAUGUUUACGACUCGGCUCCGAUGGCAAACGUUUGUUAUCCGGCGGCUUGGAUCGUCAUGUGAAGAUCUAUGAUGUGAACACGUAUAAAACGGUGCACACACUGACCUAUCCCAAUGCGGUGGUCAGUCUGGGAGUGGCUGCCAAGGAUCAGGCUGUUGUUGUCGGCAUGGUUGAUGGCCUGGUGUCCAUCAAGCGCAUGAUUGUCGACAGCAAACCGAGCCAUCUGACAACCAUUAAGUCCAAUCAUCGCCGUAAGCAGCGCAAGAAAAUGGCACCAGAGAAUACGACCACACAUGUGGAUCAUAUGGCUACGACCGGAAGGAAGAAGCUAGGCCUAAAGAUAUUCGAUCAUCAUCUGAGGAAAUACAACUAUAAGAAAGCUCUGGAUUCGGUAUUGAAACCACUGUACAUUGAGGAACAGCCGGAGAUGAUUGUGGCCCUCAUCAUCGAGCUGUUGCAUCGUCAUGGCCUGGAACGGGCAAUUGCCAAUCGUUCCGAGGAGACGCUGAUCACAUUUAUUGAUUUCCUCUGCGCUCGCAUUGGCGAGGUGCGAUUCAUGCGUCCGCUGCUGAAUGCAGCAAGCACAGUGAUGGAUGUAUUUGAUACACAAGUCUUUGCCUACAGCAAACAGAUGCUUGCCGCCCUCGAGCGACUGAGCGAAACGAUGCAGGCAGAGAUUAGGCUAACCAGCGAACUGUUGCAGCUGAAGGGGGCGCUGGAGAUGAUCAUCGGGGCGGCAUUGGACAACAGCGAGUCGGCGACAGAAGUUAGCUACAUGGAGGCGGCAAAGCCAGCCAGGAUGCAACCAUCUAAGGCGGCCGAGAACUAUGUGGUCGUUGUGGAUUAAUCGACAACAGAUCGAUAGAUUAAUUUACAUAGUUUAAACACUUACUCAGUCUGUAUCUCUUUCUAUCCUUUUAUAUGUAUCAUCCAUAUCAUACAUAAUUCAGUUGAAAGUUGUACAAAUUCAAAUUACUUUCGCUUUAAUUAUACAUAUAAGAAAAGUCAAUAA